ACUACAGUAGGGGGUCAAAACAAAGGUGGGGUUGUUACUACAGAAGGGGGUCAAAACAAUUGCGGGGUUGGUACUGCAGAAGAGGGUCAAAACAAAGGUGGGGUUGUUACUACAGAAGGGCAUCAAAACAAAGGUGGGGUUGUUACUACAGAAGAGGAUCAAAACAAAGGUGGGGUUUUUACUACAGAAGGGGAUCAAAACAAAGGUGGGGCUGUUACUAUAGAAAGGGAUCAAAACACUGUAGAGGUUAUUACUACAGAAGGGGAUCAAAACAAAGGUGGGGUUGUUACUACAGAUGGGGAUCAAAACACAGGUAAGGUGGUUGCUACAGAAGGGGUUGAAAACACAGUAGGGGUUUUUAAUACAGAAGGGAGUCAAAACAGAGGUGUUGUUAUGACUACAGAAGUGGGUCAAAACACAGGUGGCGUUUUUACUACAGGAGGGUGUCAAUAUACAGGUGGGUUUAUUUCUACAGAAGGGGGUCAAAACAAAGGUGUGGUUGCUACUACAGAAGGGGUUCAAAACAAAGGUGGGGUUGUUAUUACCGAAGGGGGUCAAAACACAGUUGUGGUUGUUACUACAGAAGGGGGUCAAAACAAAUGUGGGGUUGGUACUAUAGAAAGGGAUCAAAACACAGUUGAGGUUAUUACUACAGAAGGGGAUGAAAACAAAGGUGGGGUUAUUAUUACAGAAGAGAAUGAGAACACAGGUGGGGUUGUUUCUACAGAAGGAGGUCCAAACACAAGUUGGGUUGUUACUACAGAAGGGGUAAAAAACACAGGUGGGGUUGUUACUGCCGGAGUGGGUAAAAAUGCAGGUGAGGUUGUUCCUGAAGGUGUGGUUGAAAAUAAAGGUAGGGGUGUUACUACAGAAGGUGAUUAUAAUAUAGGUGGGGAUGUUAUUACAGAAGAUGAUCGAAAUCCAGCGUGGGGUGUUACUAAAAGUGUUGAUCAAAAUACAGUUAAGGUUGCUACAGAAGGCAAACAAAAUUCAGGAAAGUAUUUUAUUAAAGGAGGGGAUCAAUUUAAAAGUUGGGUUACUACUAUACAAGGGAAUCAAACUACCGGUGGAGAUGUUACCACAACAAGAGUUCAAAAUACAGGUAGGGGUGUUACUACACUAGUUAAUCGAAAUACAGGUGGGAGGAUUGCCACAAGAAGAGUAAAACAUACAGGUGGGGGUUUUACUAGAGGAGGAGAUAAAAAUACAGGUUGGGGCGUUUCUGCAGGAAUUGAUCAAUAUUCAGGUUGUGGUCUCGUUACAGAAAUUGAGGAAAAUACUGUUUUAGGUGUCACUAAAGAAGGUGCUCAAAAGACAGGUUGUGGUAUUACAACAGGAGUGGAUCGAAAUACAAGUGAGGGUAUUUUUACGGAUGUGGUACAAAAUCAUGAAAAGGGGUUAUCUUUUAAUAGUAUCUCACUUGCUGAAGAUGUUUUCAAUUUGGGUCCAAGGGAAAAUGAAACUUUGAUGAGUGGUCCGAGAAGGGGACGGUGCGUACGCCCCACAAAAUAUGGUAACAGAAAGAAAACCCCGAAAUGACGACUGAGGAUUUAUCUGGGUACCGGUACGUGGGGAAUGUGGGAAAUACAGGCGGCUCAGAAAAUGAUACUGUUUGGAGCAAUAACUAUUUUAGAUUGAAAAGAAAAUACAAGGAAUUUAUUUUUUUGAAAUAUUUGAUGUGAUUCCGAUAGUCUGCUUAGUGAUUUUCUGCAUAGCCAAUGUCUGAAUAUAUUAAAAUAACUGCAUACUAAUAUUACUAUAUAUGUUUAGAGCAAGAGGUCAUAGAACAGGGGUCUGGUGAAACAAAAGUGAAAUGCGUGAUAUUUACAGAUGAUUAUUUGAAAGAAGCUUUUUUUUUUUUUUUUCAAACUACUGUAUAUUGUAUAAUUCAUUUAUGCCAAGUUUUUAAUGCAUUUGUGGAUUAUUUUUUUAUUUUUAAUUUUGAUGUNUUUAUAGUUGAUUAUUUGAAAUAAGUUUUUUUUUUUUUUUCAAACUACUGUAUAUUGUAUAAUUCAUUUAUGCCAAGUUUUUAAUGCAUUUGUGGAUUAUUUUCUUAUUUUUAAUUUUGAUGUUAUUGUUAAAGAAGUUAUUGCAUGGCCCGAUUUCCAUCAAAUGUUGUGAGCAAAACAUUGCCCUCAUUUCGACUAUUUAUGUCAAGAAGUUGAGACAAAAAAGCAUAACAUUAAUAAUAAUCAAAAGAGCGUAGUAAUAAUUUAUAUAUAUAAAUUUUAAUAUAUAUAUAUAUAUAUACAUAUUUAUAUAUAACUUGGUAUUUAACCCAGUCUUUAUAUUAACCUUAAGAUUACUUAAGCGUCUCCUCUAGUCAACAUUGUCGAAUACUUACGUCAAAGAUUCACUGUCUAACUCUUGCUCCAACGUCCAAUGAAUCCAAUGCCUUUCAGACUAUAAAAUUGUGUAUUCAACAUAAAUUGGUACCGAUGUCAGUCUCUCCCUAUUUGUGUACAGAAAAAUAAAUGUUUCUAAGAUUUCCUAAAUAAGUACCUCAAAAUCAAGGACAUCGACCUGAACUUUUGACAAAUGCUUGCUGUAGAUCGCAAAAGCUCGCGAGGCAGGCUCCCAGUUGGAGACAUACUCACUGCUGGAGUAGAUCGCGAGGCAGGCUCCCAGUUGGAGACAUACUCACUGCUGGAGUAGAUCGCGAGGCAGGCUCCCAGUUGGAGACAUACUCACUGCUGGAGUAGAUCGCGAGGCAGGCUCCCAGUUGGAGACAUACUCACUGCUGGAGUAGAAACUUCAGAACCUAAACGAACCGCUCACGUCCAAAGAAAGUGCACAGCAUGGAAAAGCAUAAAUGCCUCCAAUACUACUAGGACACCACAACCGGUGUGUCCCCAUGAGCGGGGAAGAUUCCGGACACACUUGAGACUCGCAGGCCACCCGCGUAGGUACUCACCGUCGAAUAUAGUGUCGGUCGUAUUCACCCCGCGAAGGACGGACAACAACAAAUCCAACCUACAUGCUCAAAUUAAACGAGUACCUCUUUAUUAUAUAAAAAUGGGAAUCCUUCCUUUUAGUUCGCACUGUACGGUGGGGUGAGGUAACGCAACACCUCCCCGGAGAGGAAGCAAAGCCGUUCUGACCCACGUCCACACAACUCCCAGGAUCGGUGGGAGGGAGGUAAGCUCGAGAAUACUCCCGGAGUGGCUGUAAAGCCGUGCCACACCAAGGAACG